AAGGGGACGAGGUGGAAAGAGAAGAGGUGGAAAAGGAAGAGGCGGGGAGGCUAGCCCCCUGGUGUAUAAGCCAGCCAAGCUAGGUAAGGCGAUUGAGGCUCUAACUCUGCUGAAGACCAACAGCAACGAUCUCUCGGCACUUUGCACACGUCGCACCUGCGACCUGGGCCAUGAAGCAUACGGAGUUCAAUUGUAUAUGCUCUUGACCAGCUAUGAGAUCAGCAACAUCUUCUCCAGGUUCUACUUUCUGGCGUUCUACAGACUCAAUGUAGAUCUAACCCUUCAACAACGGAAGGAGCUACAAGAACGCAUUGCGGAAUUGACCGACGGCGACGUCGAGAAAUCUUGGGAAGGCAGGAAAUGGACCGGCAUGUCCUUCGACCGUGUCGUGAAGGCGUUUGACGAGGAUUACACUGUCCUUCUCCGCCUUCCGCAUCAGGCACCGAAGUUACCGCAGUUGGCACACUGCCUGGCGCUGCCCCCCCCCAUCAAUCCUGAAGGCCAUCCAGUGAGCGAUGCCACCGCCUCCAAGCUCUCCAGAGUCAGAAAGGCAACUCUACCACGUAGCCAUACUGCGCUCGACGCAUUCAAGACAACCUCGAGGAUGCCCAACGCCUCCACUCUGAAGACUGGAGCCACAGGUUCAGCUGCGGCAGAACAAGAAUAUAUCUUCCAACCGCCUCCACAAUAUGAGAUCACGGAGCUCCAGGAAGCGAGUGAUGCACAUUGGGAGCCCGAAGGCGACACGCACGAAACAUGCUGGAAGCGGCCAAUGCCUAUUGAUUCUCACAGUAUAUACAUGAUCGAUACGCUGACCUGCCCAGCUUUGGAAAUCUUGGCGCAAAGAGCUAAGGACCUGCCUGGGCAGCCCUGCUCCCCAUGCAAGGUUACACGUGUCAGAUACGGGAGAGGGCGUACGGCGGAAGAACAAUUGCGGAACAUCGAGCUCACAGUAGUCCACUGGAAGCCCGCUCUCGACAACGGGUGGUUCAAAUUCACCGAGGCAACGCUGCCGAAACUCAGAGAGGUCUUUAACCCUGGACACACGUGGAGGCCACACUUGCUAUAUGUCAAUAGUGCAGCAUAUAGAUGCCCAGAUGAUGCUGUGGGCGCGAUUGUAGGUGUGAUCGCCCAGUACAAGUCACAGGGGCGGGAUGGCGGGAGCUCUGGAGAUACCUCAGUGCGAUUUUUCCGCCAGAACACGACCAACAAGAAGUCCGAAACAGUCGCUCGUCUCAGAUGGCCGAUAGCUAUGGUUAUGCCCAAGGAUGUCGGUGUGCACUCUCUUGGAGGCCCGGUUCUCCUUCUCGUCGCACCUAUUCGCAAAGAUGGACAGUUACCCUGGGAAUUCUGUCUUUAUCCCUUGCGUAUUGAGAAAUCCCAGUCGUAUUCCAAGAUCCUCGAGGCACGCUAGAGUGUGUGGCUUGCAGUCCGAGGAGUAAGAAAAACUGAUGUUACUACAGUACGUACUCUGGAGAUAGGGGUCGAUGGAGCCAAAGUCUGGCUCAAGCUGGUAUAGGGGUUCAAGUCUGGCCUAUGUUUGGCUUAGGUGAAUGGUCAAAGUCCCGACAUAGGAUGGAAGAAUCGCAUUAGAAGGUGCAGCUGAGCAUGGAAGACUUGACGCAAUCAAGCUGCUCCCGGACUCAGUGGCGAACAUCAUCAGGACUGGAAAGGAUGCAUUCAAGCGCGCACAUGGUGAGCCUGGCGGACUGGAGAUGAAAGCAUUGUGGAUUUGCAUUUGAUCACAGGCAAACUCUCUCUUUUUUCUUGCCACACCACAUAACUUUACAUAGAC